GGGCGUGCGUGGUGUCGCGAUAGUCGGCGACAGCCGGGCGGAUGGGCCAUGGCGGGGGUGAUGUUCUGCGAGCCCAGACACCUCUACAAUAUCAUCAACCAGUACCGGUGGAGAUCGCGGCUGACGGAGCCCAACUACCUGUGCCUGCUGGAUGCCCGUUCUCAACGUGAAUUCGAUGCCAGCCACAUUAUUACAGCCCAAAGGAUUGAACUGAGUCCUGCAGGGGAGUAUCUGAUCCCAAAUCCCGAGGAGCUGGGCUAUGUCAGAUUCUGUGUGGUGUAUGACCAUGACACUGGCAUUUUGGGCUGCACUGACUAUCAGGAAGAGGAGAGAGAAACAGGGGGCAGCGCUGCUCCAGAGACUGAAAUCAGCAGCUCAGGUUCCACAUGUUCCCAGAAUGCUGGGGAAGGAACUGCCCUCCUCCAUGCCAGAAACUUGGAGCAGUUCACCCGCCACCCCGUGCUCCUCCUGAAGGGAGGGUACAAGUAUUUUUCAGCUUGUUACCAUUUCCUGAAGAGUGAGAAGACACUGUGGAUGCCUCAGGAACUAGACACCUUCCAGCCAUACCCUGUAGAAAUACUGCCUGCAAAGCUAUAUAUGGGCAAUUUCGAGCAGGCUAGUGACAAACAAGUUCAGAAAGAUCUGAAGAUCAAAGCACUGGUCAACGUCUCUGAACAGCCUGUAACACUGUUUGCAGAAGAAGGUAAAUCCCUCCAUGUAUCUGUUCCAGAUUCACUUGAAGCAGAUCUUUUUUCUUCCUUCCCCACCAUUUCUCAUUUCAUAGAGAGCUUGGAAGUACCUUCUGAAAUGCAAAAUGAACAUGAGACCACACCGGGGCUUUGUGGAACAGCUCUCAGCCUGGGAGACCCAAAUCUACGGGUGCCCAGUCACAGACGUCUCUGAACCAAAUUACUGACAGAGAACAUCCCAUGGGGAAAGCCACUUCCCUUCCCCUUUCUGGGGAGAAACGGCGGCGCCUGGCGUGGCGAGGUGCGCACAUUUCGCUCCUUAUCGCUGCUCUCAGCCCGGCCACGGGCCAGCGGAGCCGAGCUGUCCCGGAAUGCAGGCACGCUUCAGCCAGCGCUGUCCCCUCUGCCACCCCCUGUCACCGCCGGGGGCUCCGUGCCAGGAAGAUGUGUGCUGGUCUCUCCUUCCCAGGACAACCACAAGCUGUACAAGCAGAAACUCGAGGAGCUGACCAAGCUCCAGGAUGGGAUCUCCAGCUCCAUAGCCCGGCAGAAGAAGCGGCUGAAGGAGCUGUCGCUCUCCCUCAAAAAAUGCAAACCCCAGGCGACUCCCGAGCAGGAAUCGUCCAUCCAAGAGACCCAGAGCCUGAUUAAAGAGAGGCAGAACGUUUUCUUUGAGAUGGAGGCCUACCUGCCAAAGAAGAACGGGUUGUACCUGAGUCUGGUGCUCGGCAAUGUGAACGUGACACUGCUCAGCAAACAGGCCAAGUUUGCAUAUAAAGAUGAGUACGAGAAGUUCAAGCUCUACCUCACCAUCAUCCUGCUCAUUGUCUCCUUCUCCUGUCGGUUCGUCCUCAACUCCAGGGUGACAGACGCCGUCUUCAACUUCCUCCUGGUGUGGUACUACUGCACCCUCACCAUCCGCGAGAGCAUCCUCAUCAACAACGGCUCCAAGAUCAAAGGCUGGUGGGUUUUCCAUCACUACAUCUCCACCUUCCUCUCAGGUGUCAUGCUGACGUGGCCAGAUGGGCUCAUGUACCAGAUGUUCAGGAACCAGUUUCUCUCCUUCUCCAUGUACCAGAGCUUUGUGCAGUUCCUGCAGUAUUAUUACCAGAGUGGCUGCUUGUACCGGCUGCGAGCGCUGGGAGAGAGGCACAACAUGGAUCUGACUGUGGAGGGCUUCCAGUCCUGGAUGUGGAGAGGCCUCACGUUCCUGCUUCCCUUCCUCUUCUUUGGGCAGUUCUGGCAGCUCUACAACGCCAUCACCCUGUUCCGCAUGAUCCAGCACCCCGAGUGCAAGGAGUGGCAGGUCCUCAUGUGCGGCCUCCCCUUCUUCAUCCUCUUCCUGGGCAACUUCUUCACCACCCUCCGUGUCGUCCACCAGAAGAUUCAGAACAAGAACCAGGACACAAAGGAGAAUUGAAGUGGGGCAGUGUGGGGGCCUGGACUGUUUCUCCCCACCAGCUCCAUCCCCUAUCCCCCUCUCCUCAAUUCCGUCCGGACUCUGGUGUCUCAUCCCGUUCCUCGGAGGCCUGGAUGUGGGACAGAUCUUGGGGCCUGCUCCUGGACAGUCCAUGUGCUCAGCACGGGGCUGGACCCGUGCUGGAGUCGCUCACCUGGAGUCAGGAGCACCCUGCACCUCCUCUCCUGGCUGCCUCCAUCCAAAUCCAGACAGCGGGAUGCUUGGGACAGCCACUCCCCUCCCUGUUCCUGGGAUGUUCUGUGGAUGUCCCCACCCCAGCGGGACAGGGCAGUGUCCUGCACUGCCUCACACGGCUCCUGGGCUGCUGGAGGCCCCCCUUGUCCCCCCAGCCCUGCAGCCAGGGCAGCCCCUGUGUGUUGAGGGCACUCCAGGGGGGUCCCAGCUCCUUCCUCACCUUCAGUCCACAGGGAAGGGCCAGCUGGGAGCAGCAGGAGCCUGGCCCAGGCCUCUCGCUGGAGCUGUGCAAGCAGCGCCCUGGGCUGGCACCUCCUGAGGCUGCACGGGUGAAAAUAAAGGGAAGGAGCUGCCCUGGCUCACCAGGACGGUCUGGGAACAGCUUCCACACUCUGCUCUGCA